AAGGAUGUCGGUCUGGCGAGUGGCUUUGGCUGGGUUAGGACAGCGGUAGAACGGAAAAGGACUAUUUCACGGCAAAUGAGGGACAGCGGAACAGGGGGUGGUGUUGACCCUUUGUGCACCCCGCCUACUAGUUCUUUGCUCGAUGUCUACGUCACUGGACCGAACUCCAUGCAAAUCUCUCCUCACUGGAACGCCAUUGGCCGUUCGCUCAUUUUAAUCGCUGUCAAAACUCAUCAUAUGGCCGCCGCUGUAACAAACUCUUCAACUGCACUAGGAAAAGUAACUCAAAUGCACGUUCAAUUAAUGUGGAUGGGAAACGGCAUUCGCAGACGACACUCGAUAGGCUACGGGAGCAAAAAGAGACCCUGUAACUAACAGCAAACGGUUUGGAUUAAGCUGAAUUCCACAUUUCUCCGGAGCUUUUCUUGGCUUGUGAAGCACCUGCUUCAAGCAGACUACAGAGCGCCGAAAGCUCAUGCUUUUUCUCUGUUAGCUGAGACGUUUUAAGCAACUUGAAUGUAUAGCAUGAUGAUGGAGACGGACCUUCAUUCCCCGGGACCCCAAACCAACACAAAUCCGGGACAAACUGGUCCGAAUUCGGGGAGCAAAGCCAACCAAGACCGUGUAAAAAGACCCAUGAACGCUUUUAUGGUGUGGUCCCGGGGCCAGCGCAGAAAAAUGGCUCAGGAGAACCCCAAAAUGCACAACUCCGAAAUUAGCAAAAGACUCGGUGCAGAGUGGAAAGUGAUGUCAGAGGCAGAAAAGCGGCCCUUUAUUGAUGAGGCAAAGCGCUUGAGAGCGAUGCACAUGAAAGAACACCCGGAUUACAAAUACAGACCGAGGCGCAAAACCAAGACCCUGCUUAAAAAGGACAAGUAUUCGCUGGCCGGCGGCUUGCUCGGCAGUGCGUGUGGUGGGGCAGGAGUUGGUCUCGGUGUCGGGAUGAGUCCUGCAGGGGUCGGCCAGAGGUUGGAGAGCCCUGGGGGUCACGGAGGAUCGGCCAGCGCUGGUUACGCACACAUGAACGGCUGGGCGAAUGGAACAUACUCCGGCCAGGUUGCCGCCGCCGCAGCAGCGGCUGCGAUGAUGCAGGAGGCACAGCUCGCAUACAGCCAGCACCCAGGCACUGGGUCACAUCAUCACCAUGCUCAUCACCAUCACCCGCACAACCCUCAGCCCAUGCACCGCUAUGACAUGACUGCCCUUCAGUACAGCCCUAUCUCCAACUCCCAGAGCUACAUGAGCGCCUCUCCGUCUGGCUACGGUGGGAUAUCGUACACGCAGCAUCAAAACUCCAGUGUCGCCUCUUCUGCCGCCAUCGGUACGCUGAGCUCGCUUGUGAAGUCCGAACCGAACAUAAGCCCUCCGGUUACUACACACUCCCGAGGCCCCUGCACCGGAGACUUGAGAGAAAUGAUUAGCAUGUAUUUACCGACCGGGGAGUCCGGUGAUCCGUCUGUGCAGAGCAGACUGCAUGCCUUACCGCAGCACUAUCAGAGCACAACUGCUGGAGUAAACGGAACUGUCCCAUUGACGCACAUUUGAAAGAGCCGACGGGAAGUGAUGGGUAAAGCGCUGUCAGAAACACUCCACCAAAAAUAUUAACCUCUUUUUUUAGAUUGUCAUUGAACUACUUUUGUACAGAAUGUUUAUGGUGUUCUUGUACAUUAAAUGUAAAUAUUGUUGCGAUUGCAGUUCGGAGAAAACACUGAAAUCUUCUUAAAAAAUAUAUCACAUUCAGUGAAACAUUGUUUAAUUAUGACGUCUUUACAAAUGAACCUGACAACGUUUCUGGCCAGGCCAAGACAUAUGCGACAUACUGUUGUUCUUUAAAUAUUUAAUUUUCUUUUGUGCAAAUUGACUUUUGAGUUGAUAAAAACAAAGGUCUAGCGUGAAUAACUUAAUGAAAUGUUUUUGAGAGCCCAUAAAGACUUUUCUGCUUAUUACAUUUACCAAAACGUUUGUAUACGUGAAUUAAUGUACCAGAUUUAUGUUGUAACAUUUCUUGUAAAUUGUGAAUAAGUUUUAAUAUUUCAAUAGACUGGCACGUCACUGCUGCUGUAUAUAAUUUAUGACAUGCAUCCCUGCCAGUUCUUAACAUUGCGUUGA